AUAUCAGCACACACGAGACUCUGCCUUAUAGCGGAGUAAUAAAUUGCUCACAGUCACAGCCCUGUACCUCUAAUUCUCAUUCCCACCUCCGUUGAUGCUAAGUUACUUUACGUUCAAACUUCAUACACGACUGCACUCUUCACUAUGUGUAUGUCUACAACAUAGACAGAUCUUCAAACCUAUGUUGUAUAUAUAACGCUAUUAUGUGUGUAUGAUCGUAUCUUGAACUUGUAACAAAGAUGGGGCAGUUAAUUCUCCCCCCAUCCAAGCGAAACCCUCGACAAUGGCGCCUCCUCGAUCUCCUCUCCGCGGGCUUCUUCGCCGCCGUCCUCUUGUCCCUAUUUCUCGUCUUCACGCGCUUCAGCGACUCGCUCACCGUCUCGGGCCGCCAUGCUCUGCCGCAGCUGACGGCGGAUCCCAAGCAGCGCAACCGUCUCGCGGCGCUGGUGGAGUCCGGACGCCAGGUGACCAUCGCGUCCUGCCCCGCCAACGUUGUGGACUACAUGCCGUGUGAAGAUCCGAAGCGCAACAGUCAGCUCAGUAGGGAAAUGAAUUACUACAGAGAGAGGCAUUGCCCUCUGCCGGAGGAGACCCCUCUCUGCUUGAUCCCGCCGCCCAAGGGAUACCGUGUUCCGGUCCACUGGCCCCAAAGCUUGCACAAGAUAUGGCACGGCAACAUGCCACACAAUAAAAUAGCUGACAGGAAAGGCCAUCAAGGAUGGAUGAAAAGAGAAGGCCCAUACUUCAUUUUCCCUGGUGGUGGCACAAUGUUCCCUGAUGGAGCAGUUCAAUACAUUGAGAAACUUAGCAAGUACAUCCCAGUUUCUGGUGGAGUUCUAAGGACAGCUCUUGAUAUGGGAUGCGGGGUCGCUAGUUUUGGAGGGUACCUACUCAGUGAAGACAUUUUAACACUCUCUUUUGCUCCAAGAGAUUCACACAAGUCACAAAUACAGUUUGCUUUGGAAAGAGGAAUACCAGCAUUUGUUGCCAUGCUUGGCACUCGCAGACUUCCAUUCCCUGCUUUCUCAUUUGACUUGGUGCACUGCUCUCGAUGUUUGAUCCCUUUUACAGCAUACAAUGCAACGUAUUUUAUUGAGAUCGAUCGGUUACUUCGCCUAGGAGGGUACCUAGUCAUCUCUGGCCCCCCUGUACAAUGGCCUAAACAAGAAAAGGAAUGGGCAGAUCUCCAGGCGGUAGCCAGAUCAUUGUGUUUUGAGCUGAUUACUGUGGAUGGGAACACUGUCAUCUGGAAAAAGCCUAAUGGGGAUUCAUGUUUCUCUAACCAAAAUGAAUCUGGGCCUGAAUUGUGCAAUGAAUCUGAUGACCCUAGUUAUGCAUGGUACUCUAACUUGAAGAAAUGUGUGAGCAGGAUAUCUUCUGUGAAGGGAGAUAAUGCUAUUGGGACAAUUCCAAAGUGGCCAGACAGGCUAAUGAUAGCUCCUUCAAGGGCCGCCCUUGUUAAGAAUGGAAUGGACAUGUUUGAAGAUGAUACCCAGCAGUGGGCAAGGAGGGUUGCAUACUAUAAAGAAUCAUUGAACUUGAAGCUGAGUACUCCAGCUAUUCGAAACAUCAUGGAUAUGAAUGCAUUUUUUGGAGGGUUUGCUGCAGCACUACAAUCUGAUCCUGUGUGGGUGAUGAAUGUUGUUCCUGCUCACAAGCCUUCAACACUUGGUGUUAUUUACGAUAGAGGCCUUAUUGGUGUUUACCAUGACUGGUGUGAGCCUUUCUCAACAUAUCCUCGGACUUAUGAUUUUAUCCAUGUUGCUUCCAUUGAAUCGCUCAUAAAGCAUCCAGAUUCUGGCAAGAUCAGGUGUAACCUAGUGGAUUUGAUGGUAGAAAUAGAUCGAAUGUUGCGUCCAGAAGGAACAGUUGUGGUUCUGGAUUCUCCUGAAGUAAUUGACAGAAUAGGUCACAUUGCUCAUGCAGUAAGAUGGAAAGCUACCAUGCAUGAGAAGGAACCUGAAUCAAACGGGAGGGAGAAAAUUCUCGUGGCAACAAAACAAUUUUGGAAACAAGCUUCAGCAUCCCACUGACCCAACCUGGUAUUCUUUGUCAUGUAAGUAUUUUUUGUUAUAAAUCCUUUUGUUCCAUUUUUAAAGCAAAGAUGAUGUUCCACGCAUCGAAUGAUGCAGCUUUCUUUCUUGUUCCUCUUUGGUCUGUCUUACAUCUAUAAAGGUGGUUAAGUUAGAACACGACAAGUACUAAAAAAGAUGGACGGACGUGCAGUUUAACAGUAGAACACUUUAAGCGAUGGCAAUGAUUAAUGAUUAUCAAUUGAUUUUUAAAUUUUGAUUUCAAUAUGAUGUAUCUGCUUUAAUCUCAAACACAUUCUUAUGCAUAAAAUGAAUCUCA